UUUUUUUUUCUUUUUAUUUCUUGGGGGUCUUGAGGUUCGUGGUGGUGCAAGUCGUUCAAUGGUGAACCAUUUAAUAAAAAAUAAAUUUCAAAAUUUAUUCUCGUCCAAGUCUCGUAUCGCGCUUUCGCCGCUGAGCUCUUCGCUAUUCCCACUACGCCCACUACGGAACACCUUACUGCUGCAGUCUGCACCUUACUUACUUACGUUCGCUAGGUGCCAUGGUAGGGGAAGCCAAAUUGACACUAGCGUACGCAGUGAUCAAUUUCGACACUAAAGGACGCUGUUUUAGUUCAUUUAUUAUUGGCGCUGCAGUUGCACACAGCGAAUACACGUGAAAGUUGCGAUUACGUUUUAAUAAUAACACAAAAUGAGUCACCGGAGUUGCUGUGUUGUGACUUGUAAAAAUACAUCGAGAAAAAAUGAUUGUAAAUUUUAUAAAUUUCCAACGGCUAAAUGGAAAAUAAAUCAAAGAAAUAAAUGGAUAGCUGCAGUAAGAAGGCAAAAUGUUGAUGGAUCACCGUGGAUUCCCAAACCAUAUAAUUACAUUUGUAGUGAUCAUUUUAUUGGAGGGAAAAAAUCUGAAGAGGAGUCAAGUCCUAGCUAUGCUCCAACCAUAUUCCCUCCGAUCUACAAAUCUUCAAAAGAUGAUGAAUCUUCAGCUCUAAACAGGUGCAAGAGUUUAGUGGACCGUCGAUUAAAAAGAAUAUUACCAUCAACAACUCAUACUGAGCCGAAGAUUGUUGAAUUCGUUCAGAUAAUGAUUAAAAGUCCUCCAAUUAUUUUAACCGAACCUACAGUUGACCAAGAGUGUCAAGUAAAUUUUUACUCAGAGUCCGAUGUUAAUUCAAAAACAUUUAUUUGCAAUCGAUAUGUCAAUAAAGACAUAAAUCAUGCUGAAAUUCAAACAGAAAUUGUCGAAGAUACAAAAUUGAUAAAAAUAGAAGAUCGAGAAUAAUAAAAAAUUCGUAAGCAAAGCCUGUGGUACUCUAUCAAAGAACUUAAGCUGACAAUAAACAUUAUUUUUUAA